AUGGACAUCUUCAUUGCCGCCUGCGACGACUCUGACCUGACCACCAACACGGAGAAAAAGGUACUCAUGGACAUGCCGCCACCCAACGCUGCCUACAAUGACCGCACAUCAAUGUCAACAGCGCCCAGGUGCAAGCCGUGGACACCGUCACCUACCCGAGCAGCACCCUCUCUCGCAGCACCAAAAUCGAUGACGAAGUGGCCUCCGGAUCUCCAAAGUUAGCCAAGCCCUCGGUCGCCUGCAUAAAAUCAUCUGGAAUUGCCACUGUCUUUACCUCACCACAAAGCUCAAGAUAUACAAAACCGUCAUCAGGACAACGCUGCUAUACGGAAUGGCGACCUGGGCGGUAUACGAGAAGCAGGCCCGUAAGCGCAAUCACGUCAACCUCAGCUGUCUUCGGUGGAUACUAAAGCCGAGGUGCGCCGACCAGAUCUCGGACAUGGACGUACUGGAGCAGACGGGAAUCCUCAGUAUCUAUGCCAUGCCGAGACAACUGUAACUGCGAGUGGACGACCAACUCGUGAGGAUGAAGGAGGAACAGCUACCCAAGCGACUCUUCUACGAAGACGUCGCCAGGGAUUCUCGUCAAUGAGGAGCUCAAAUCCUAUGCUAUACGGACACUCUAAAGACUUCGCUGAAGCGCCUGCAGAUCAACCCGGCCAAAUGAGACGACCUCGCCUGCAACCGACGGGCCUGAAGGAGGGCAGUGAAAACAGGAGCAUUGAUCUACUAAAACAACCGCGUAACCGCCGUCAAAGCCAAACUCGCAGCUCAAAAAUUCCAACUGCGCCCGUCACGCAACGCCAGUACUCAACCGCCCCAACAUUCCCCAGGUGUCAGCGAACAUUUCGGGCACGAAUCGGUCGCAUUGGACGUGUCCGGACCAAGUGCAGCGCCCAGACGACACCAGCUGAUGCCUUCCCGUCUACCUGUGCUCCGUCCCCCGUGUCGAAAAAUUGCCCUACGGUGCUUCCGACUCCCGUCGUCAUCCUCUACCACUAUUCCCGCUUCAAUAUAUAUUGCGACGGCUCCUGCCCCCACCACCAAUGAAGACAAUUUUGAGGUACCGUCAAACCUCAACCUCAUUGCAGCCAACACCAAUGAUGAGGACUCGGCCCCAACUUUUUCACACUGCCACUGUCAUUGUACCUUCACCUCACACAUUGGCCUGGUCGGUCACCUGCUAAUAUAUGGCACAGAGACUGACAAAUUAGUGCCUGGGGCACCACCUGGAAGCCUGUGUUCAAACUACACCUUCCCCCGCCAGCACCUACGACACACAUCAACAUCGCCCACCACCACACAACGCAAAUACGCGUACGUAAGUGGGAAGUGUGCUGUUCGGCUCCCUUCCCAUGUGCCUCAGCUGCUGCAUGCAUGAUCCGAACCUUGAACUACCAUGGUGUGCCAAGCGCCGUGACUUGGAAGGCUGUCCACUGAAGCGUCAACCCAGUCCACGUAGUCGCUCCAGUUGAGUGUUCAUAUGGAAUAGCGGACUGCUAGGCGGGAGCUAGGCUUCAAUGGCUCCUUUUUAACGUGACGUAAUUUUCUGGCACUCUCACUCAUGUGAGAUGCAGGCCGAACAUCCCCUUACUGUGCGACACCCUAGUGCUUGUGUUCGAAGUGCCGGGUCGAGCAUGUGGGGCGCGGAGAGGUCACUAAAUAUAUCAGUCAUUGCUCCCAUUUCCCGCACCAAAAAAUGACCGACUCGGACAGUGACUGGGGCCCGGGAAUGGAAAGAAAAAAUGAUGUCGACGACUUAGCGCAUUUCUCCUACUAUCAACAACCUGAUGCGCUUGAAGCCAUCACGGUGCGCUAAAGGCCGUGGUUUGGAAUGUUGCCAGUUGAUGAGAAACCUGUAUAUCACACUCGACUCAGUGUGUGUGUGUGUGUUCAUGUUGUGUGGCCGACUCGAGGUCUGAGAGUCAGGCUGCACUGGCUCCUUUUUAAUGUAGCUUUUAUGGUACUCCCACGUAGUGCGAUUAGAGCGGGAUGUGGCGGCACGCCAAUGGGCGGCUCCGGUCAUCUGCACUUUCUUCCACCUCCGGCCUUUUUAACUGCGUCUUGAUACCACACCCAGGGGGAAGGAUGAGGGAGUGCCUUAUACCCCGAACAAUUCUGCUCCCACUUCAAACAAAUUCACGCGCAAGUCACUGUGCCUGCCUCUACCCUAUUAUGGGACACGUGGUGGACAUCGUUGGCAACGACGGAUGGACAUCCACCAGAAUGCUUCUGCAAAUACAACUUGGAGGUAGCUGGAUAUCGUUUAGAAAUUACUUCAUCGGAUCGAUGACAUAUUCGGAAUUCGUUGUUUGCUUGUGGGUCCGAGGAAAGCUGGAAGGCAGACAUACCUGCAAUUGUCUUCGAUCUUUAAAAAAAUUAAUAGAACUCUACCUGGCCUAGGGCCUUCCGCAAACUCAUCGAACCAUUAAAUAACGCAUGUAUGUGAACAUGCAUGUUUCAAUCCUCUGCGGAACAGAAGUAACAUUGAUGAGUUAAUGCCAACGAAAUUUGAUGUCGAAAUUAUUUAGGUGGUUAUUUCUGUUGCGAUUAUUGCAUUUGCUAGUGGUUGUGAAGUAUGCUUUUAAGAAGCAUCACAUAGUUCCCCUGCUAUCUGCAGACUCCAGUGUUACUCCCGCUUUGGUCUUUCAUUACGAAAAAUACUUUUGUUAAGUAGCCGUCCUUUGAACCAUUUGUGUCGUUUUUGUUUGUUCCUGUUGCCACCUUCCGAAUAUCAGAAAUCAAAUUUUUAUUUUUACUCGCUUAGCCACUGACAGUCCGAGGCCAAACUGCCUAUCACUACUGUCUUUGAACGGCCUGCUUUGGGUAGCCCAUUAGUGGUUGCUACUAACCGGCAAUUAACGAAUGAUCACACUGCAGAAACGAAAGUACUGUAUUUACGGGGCGUUUGUGCGUUGUCGUAAUCGGGAACCCACGUUCUGGUUGUACUGCAUUUGGCCGAGCGUUGCCCAGCCUUACACUGGCGAAUGUACCCUGCUGCACAUGCACUACGUCAAUUAUCAUGCACUAAGAUAUGGCAUAGGCGACGCCAACUGGAGCCUGGUAGUACAGACACAAAUAUGGUGGUAGGAAGUGCCUGUGAAUGGUACACUGACAGUCCCCAAAGAACGCAUUAGUGGACGUAGUGGAUACUUUGACCUCGCCUCGUCGCGGCACCCGGCCUUCCUGUGUGGAUUCACAAAGCCGGGCUUAGCAGCAGCGGUCGCACUCCGUAGUCGACCUUGCCCGGUUGACUGAACUACAGGAAACUGCCCGGUGUGUGCUUAAUGUGUGUUUUUCUAUCCGUUAAUCCCCAAAAUAAUCUCUAAAGUCAACCCCCACCCCCUAAACAAGACGACCUUCAAUCCCCUAUUCGGCCUAGGCUAUCUCGGGCCGCCCUCCCACUAAACAAAAGUUGUGACCUAUGGUGGAAUUCCAUGGUCGCCAAUGAUGACUUAUCGGCCUUAUUUAAGGGUAGGAAGGGCUUAAAACGUGCCCUAAAAAUUGUUGGUAAAAUGCAUCGUAAGCAAGAUGAUGGUGCUUCGUGGACGUACAAAAUACGACCGAAACACCACGGGAAGCAAUAACCCUGUCCUCGUCCCCUGCCACCCCACAGGCUGCCAGACUGAGCAGUGUCACUUUGGUAACCUGGAACGCCCGUCUUCUUUCAGACAGUCCGAUGGCAAACCGUCCAGAAGGAAUGACAGUUCUGGUCGCCUCCUACUUGACCCUCUACAUAAAGGAUAUUGCGGUUCUCAAUGAGACCUGCUUAUCCAAACAUGGACAACUGAAGGAGGUGGAAGUCGGAUACACCUUCUGGAGCGGACAUCCAAGACGUAGCGACAAGAGUGCUGAGUCGCCUUCGCCAUCAGGAGCAACAUAA